GUUACCAAAAAAGGGAAAAACAGACGUUAACGGAGUUAACUACUACUGCAACUCUUCCUUCUCCAACAGGCAACAACGAACAACGAACAACGGUGAGUUCAGAAACUCAUCGAGACAGAGUUACAGAGAGAAGAGAGACAAUGGCAGCUCUAAAACCUUCACUUCCAAUGCUAUCGUUCUUCUUGUUGCUCUCACUAUAUUCCAACACUUUCAUCCACACAGCUCUCGCCGAUGGCGUCACUCCCGAGGAAGCUAAACAGCUCAGGGACGAGGUUAGGGAAAUGUUUUAUCAUGCAUUUAAUGGAUACAUGGAGCAUGCUUUUCCACUUGAUGAAUUAAGGCCUCAGUCUUGUGGGGGUGAAGAUUCGCUUGGUGGUUAUGCCUUAACUUUGAUUGACUCCUUGGACACACUAGCUUUACUUGGUGAUCGAGACCGCUUUGCUGCCUCUGUUGAAUGGAUUGGUAAAAACCUUCAGUUUGAUAUAAAUAAGACAGUAUCUGUUUUUGAGACUACCAUCCGUGUCCUUGGGGGUCUACUCUCCGCACAUCUUAUAGCAAGUGAUUAUGCUACGGGCAUGAAAAUUCCAACCUAUAACAAUGAGUUACUUAACUUAGCUGAGGAUCUAGCCCGGAGGUUGUUGCCUGCAUUUGACACUCCUUCAGGAAUUCCUUUCGGAUCUGUCAAUCUGAUGCACGGAGUUGAUGAACAUGAAAGCAAGAUAACAUCAACAGCCGGUGGUGGGACUUUGACUUUGGAGUUUGGAGUGCUCAGCCGAUUGACAAAAGAUCCCAUUUUUGAACAAGUUACCAUGAAUGCAGUUCGUGGGCUUUGGGCUCGCCGUUCAAGGCUCAAUUUAGUUGGUGCUCAUAUUAAUGUUUUUACAGGUGAAUGGACACAGAAGGAUGCUGGAAUAGGAACUAGUAUUGACUCUUUCUAUGAGUAUCUUCUAAAGGCUUAUUUAUUAUUCGGAGAUGAAGAGUAUCUAUUCAUAUUUCAAGAAGCGUAUGCUGCUGCUAUGCACUAUCUUUACAAUGAUCCUUGGUAUGUAGAGGUAAAUAUGGAUUCUGCUGCUGUUGUCUGGCCAUUAUUUAACAGUUUACAGGCAUUCUGGCCAGGACUUCAGGUUUUAGCGGGAGAUAUUGAUCCUGCAAUUCGAACUCAUACUGCCUUCUUUAGUGUGUGGAAAAGAUAUGGUUUCACUCCAGAGGGCUUUAAUCUUGCUACGCUCAGUGUUCAGCAUGGGCAAAGAAGUUAUCCACUGCGUCCAGAGUUAAUGGAGAGCACAUAUUGGCUCUACAAAGCCACUAGAGAUCCCAAAUAUCUUGAUGCUGGACGAGACAUGGUUGCCAGCUUGCAGUACAGUGCACGAUGCCCCUGUGGAUUUUGUCAUAUAGCAGACGUUGAGUUCCACAAGCAGGAAGAUCAUAUGGAGAGCUUUUUCCUAGCAGAAACAGUUAAAUACUUGUGGCUUCUUUUUGAUUUGGCUGUGGGACCAGAUAACCUUGUUGAAAAUGGGCCAUACAAGUACAUCUUUAGUACCGAAGGCCAUAUAUUGCCUGCAACCCCUGAAAUAUCUCUUGUGCAGGAACAUUGUUCAUAUUUUGGGGCUUAUUGUAACACCGGCAACAUGCGAAAUGAAUCUCAUGCAUCAGAUGUUGCAAGUAAUCCUCAAGAAACUAAUGAUGGUAGCUUACAUGGAAGAGUUCGCACUAGAUUUCCUUCAGGCUCCACUUUUUCUGAUUCAACCCCUAUAUCAGGAUUGAUAAAAGGUGUUUGCCCAGGACUAACUCAUGGGCAAAAGUUCGGUAUAUCAUAUGUGGCAUCAAGCCACAGAGCUCAUGAGGAGUCCAGGAACCAAAGAAAACCAACUGUUGCAGAGAGCCAUUCACUGGUGGUUGUCCCAGGCCAAACUUCUGAGGAUACACCUCAAAAAGGAUGAUGGCAUCUUUUUUAUUAAAUUGAACUUCUUUAUAGUUGGUUGGAAUUGCAACCUCAGAAUAAUCAUUUCAGCCCCUCGGUGCUCGUCCUAUAUUCUUCUGCUAAAACAUCAUCAACAAAAAGAAUGAUUUUGGGAAGGGUCUGGCAUGUCAAACUGAUUGAAGCUGUUAAUUGGAAGCCUUGGAACUGCUUGAGAUUCUUAAAUUCGGCCUUCAUGUAAAUUAUGCGGCAAUUGCUUACAGAAUGAGCAUGGAGCUUUAGGGUAGAAAUAUAAACACGAAGAAUGAGGCUAUGUCAGAGAUCUGCCUUGCUGGUUAUACUGCUGCCCCUGAGACCCGAACACCGGCACUUCUUCACCUGCUAGGCUCAUGUAACUUGGCAUAGUAACUAAAUUUAUGUACAUUUUUAUUUUCUCUUUGGUAGGUCUCAAAAGUUUGAUUAUAUGUGAGGGUCAUCUGCUUAGAGAAAACAAGAGUCCAACAUGUGUAGGCAGCAGGAGCUGGACAUUUUCACUCAUGAUACUCAUGUGAGAGGACCCUGAUUUAGAGAGAUACCUUAGUUUCACAUUAUGUACUUAAAUACAACACAGGCGAGAGAGGCUUAAUCUAGCUGAUCUUACUCUUACAUAAAGAGUUAGAGUUGAUUCUUCGUGGGCUUGUGCCUAUUUUGACGAUUGGCGAUUCAGAUGUUUCAAACUUUUUGAAGGAUUACAGUAGUUUUAAAUCUC